CAUCGGCCUCCAUCUCGAUUUUACCCCUCUUUUGCGACAGGACAGACCCCUCUUUUCAACUACCAGACUCCCGUGACUGAUCUGGCUGUAAGAAAAUGCCUACUACGAGAGCCAGAUCCAGCUCGCGGAACCCAUCGAGAAGAGAAGGUAGCGAUGAAGAGGCCAUGAGCAGGGCCGGAAGCAUCGAUGCAAAGGAUGUCGAGGAAGCGACAGGUGUCGCGAGAGCUACCAGGAAGCGGCAUAGAGAAGGAUCAACGGAACCCUCUGCAGCUGGCGGAGCGACGGCUUCCUCGAGCCUACCAGCUAUCGCCACGAAAAAGAACCGUAUCGAUCCACCGCCCAGGCCGUCAUCAACCGAAUCGGCGUCACCGAUAAACGAUGAUUCAACCGAAAACAACGCUUCUGUCGACGAGACCCGAAAGAAGGUCGAAAAGCUCAGCCACGAGGAGAAGACUCGAGGUGGAGUAUCGUCAAAGCUGUUGACGGUGGACGAGGAGGAACACAAGGACGACGCUGCGAGUGUAGACAUGGAGGGCAGCAUGCACGAGCGAGAAGUCGAGACGGGUCAGAAGAGAAAGAUGCUCGCCCGAGCCGAGAGCGCCAAUGUUGUGCAGGGAGAAUCUGCAAAGAGGAUCAAGGAGGACGAUCUUGAGGACCCACCUCAUACCGCUUCAACGGUGGAUAUGGAAGGGUCCACCCCCGACGCCGUCAAAGAGCCUGUGGUCGAGCCUACUGUCUCACCACCUACCGUCUCCACGCCAGUAAAGAAGCCUCAGGCCACUUUCGGUUCGUUUUCCUCUGCGGCGUCUCCCUUUGCGUCUGCCAAGCCCACGACGUCGGCUCUGUCCGGAGGCUCCAUCGGAUCUUCGCUAUCAUCUGAUAUCAGUGCCAAAGUCCGGGAGGCCAACAACCUUUCUUCCACCCCGUCAAAGCCGGAGUCCCCCUCGACUCCUAAACCGGCCAAGAAGCCUCAGGCGACAUUUGGAGCCUUUUCCUCGACCGCCUCGCCUUUCAGCGCCGUGAAGAGUUCUUCAGCAUUCGCUUCUCAACCCGUGGCAUCGUCUUCGAACGCCUCGACGGGCAACGCCUUGUCCUCUUUCAAGAGCACGGUGACUUCCUCUUCUGCCUUUGGCGGAUGGUCAUCUGGCGGCACCGUAUCCAGUCCGUUUGCUACUCCCAAAAAGGCUCCUGUAGCGACCGCCGGCAAGCCUGACAGCAAGGACGAGGAUGAAGGCGUUUCGGAGACUGUCGAGGCGGACAAGCCUCAAGCUUCAUUUGGGGACAUUUUGUCCAAGAAGGAUAGCGGACCAGCAGAGGAAAGGACCAAGGUGGAUCUGGCAGAGCAAGAAGCGCAUACCGGGGAAGAGGACGAGGAUACCGUCUAUCAGGUUCGCUGUAAACUUCACGUCAUGGAUGAAUCGAAUGCGUGGAGGGAGCGGGGGACGGGCUCUCUCCGGGUCAAUGUGGACAAGAAGAACAAGACGAGCGCGCCGAGACUUGUGAUGCGAGCCGAGGGAGUAUUACGGUUGAUCUUGAACGUGGCAAUGUUUCCCGGAAUGUCGAUCGAGGUAACGGACAAGUAUGUCAGGACGGUCGUGUUCGAAGACGGUCAAUCGCGAUCCCUUCUCAUCCGAACCGCAUCGUCCAAGAUGGCCCUGGAACUGCAAGGCAAAUUGCUUCAGCACGUCCCCAAGGCGAACGCCAAGGAUGCACCGGAGGGCGAGACGCAAGCGACUCCAGUAGUGGCAGAGGGCGAUAAGGCUGUCGUCGACAAAGUGGCCGACAAGGCGGCAGAAUCAGUGUAGCAUGAUAUGUAGACUGAGAGUUGUUGUGUAGUUGUUUCUCCACACAUAUAUACGAUACGGAUGGUCAGAUGA